ACGGCGGCAGCGACAUGCAGGACGAAGGUGUGCUACGGUUGCGCAACCCGCACCUCUCGAACAUGGAGACCGAUCACCUGUACCACCUAGCCCUGAGCACGGACACGCACGACCUGCAGCACAUGUUUGGCGACCUCAAGUUUGUGUGCAUGGGCGGAACCCCAGCUCGGAUGCAAGAGUUCGCGCACUUCGUCAAGCGUCGCCUGGGCAUCCAGCUACCGACGGGUGCUGAGCUGUACGACAUCAGCCACCGGUCGUAUCGCUACGCUAUGUACAAGUGCGGACCCGUACUAUCGGUCAGCCACGGCAUGGGCGCCCCUUCCCUGUCCAUUCUGAUGCACGAGAUCCUCAAGUUGAUCCACUAUGCUCACUGCCGGGAUGUCGUGCUCGUCCGCAUAGGCACCAGCGGUGGAAUCGGUAUUCCGGCCGGUUCCGUGGUCGUGAGCACUGCAGCGGUGAAUGGCCUGCUCCGGGAAGAGCUCGAGCUGCACGUUCUUGGAGAGGUGGUACGGCGACCGUGCGUGCUGGACGGCCAGCUGGCCCACGAAAUCGUCGCCGUCGGACAAGAGUGCAUGGCCGACACCAACGUUGUGGCUGGCAAGACGCUAAGCUCGAACGACUUCUACGAAGGCCAAGCCAGAUUAGAUGGAGCCAUCUGCCACUACACGGAAGAUGAAAAGAUGAAGUUCCUCGAGAAGCUACUUCAGUUGGGUGUCGUCAACAUCGAGAUGGAGUCCUCGCAGUUCGCAGCAAUGUGCCACCACGCUGGGGUCAAAGGUGCGGUUGUGUGCGUCACCCUGCUGGACCGGAUGCAAGGAGACCAGGUGACGGCAUCCAAGGAUGUCAUGGCCGAGUGGCAGCGGCGGCCCCAGGAGCUCGUUGUUCACUUCAUGGCACGAAGGCUAGGUGUAACGCUGUGCGCCUGAACCUCUCCUCGGCUUCUCCUUCUCGCCUUCUCGGAGAAAAGCACAUCGUACAAGGGAACAGCUUGAAUGUUUGUUGCCGUUGAACAAUAACCAAUUAUAAACAAAGUUAUCGUGUUUAAUAAAUGUUUGUUGAAAACA